ACCACAGAGUGAGUCUGUUCUACAGCACAUUCCAACCCCUGUUCUGGGAAUGUCCACACGACAACCGGCUUCUCGUUGCAUGGAAGUGAAUGGAGACAUGAUCAUGGUCCAUGACCAGGUGAAAGUGGAGGAGGUGGAGGAAGAGCGGAGCAGUUACGGAUCUCUCAAUGCUUCAUUUCCCAACAAUCCUCAUUCUGAGGUGCUUCAGAGCAAGGCGGCUCUGGGGAGAGAGAACUCGGACCUCGAAAGGUCAGGGGUCGUGAAGCCAAUGCACGCUUCAUCUUCACCAAGGGACGAGGGGCAGCAAGACCACAGUAAAUUCGCAAUUGCAUUAAACAACUUGGAAAGAAUGGAUUUCAGUAAGAAUUUAACUGAGGUCAUGCCAAAUAUUGAGAAGUUGCUGUCCAAUGAUUGGAAGGACAAGCUGCUGGAAAAGUGUUCAUUGAGCAGCAAAGAGAUUAAAGGGACAGCAGAGAGUCUGGCAGAGAAGGAAUUGCAGCUGUUGGUGAUGAUAAACCAGCUGUCUAGUCUCCGGGAGCAGCUGCUGACAGCUCACGCAGAACAGAAGAAUAUGGCAGCCAUGUUGUUUGAGAAACAGCAGCAACAGAUGGAGCUGGCUCGACAGCAACAGGAUCAGAUAGCAAGACAGCAGCAGCAACUCAUUCAACAGCAGCACAAAAUUAACCUCCUGCAACAACAGAUUCAGCAAGUCAACCUGCCUUUUGUGAUGAUCCCAGCAUUUCCUCAUAGCCCGCAACCUCUUCCAGUCACAAGCGACCCCCAGCUCGGACUUCAAAUGCAGCCAGGACUAUCCUGCAAGCCAAAUGACUAUGGUCUGCAGCUGAUGCCAACUCCCCCACCAUCCAGGAGGACUCCAGGCCCAAGCCCUGCCCAUACACACGAGGAAGCUUCUCAGCCAUUGAAUCUGACAGCGAAGACUAAAGGUACAGACGUUUCGAAGUCUCCCUCAUCCCCACAGGCCAAACUCAGGAGAGGACCCUCACCUUCAAGCUUCGUGAUCCCAACAGAGUUACAGUCCAGCACACCAACAUCCUUGUUAACCAGAGAAAUGAUAAGUAAAGAAGUUUUCUGGAGGAAUCACUGGGGUUAUCCAGUCGAGCAGGAUGCCAUUGGAAAGGCCAUGCAGAGUCCAAAGCAGAUCUUUCUUGGGAAGAGCCGAGCUAUGGAAAUUCCAGCUGUAAACAAUAGCAGGAAGGACAAGGAUUCAAGAAUAACAGAGUCGCCACUCGCAAAACAGGAGGACGGGAAAGCAGCAAGUGGGAAUGAAGAUUUUAAUAGCAGCAACGAUUCUGAAGGAAACCUGACCCUCUCGGGGUCGAAAGGCUACGAGUCCAGAGGUGGCAGCAACCACGAGCACAUCAAACGACCAAUGAAUGCAUUCAUGGUGUGGGCAAAGGACGAACGAAGGAAGAUUCUUCAAACUUACCCUGACAUGCACAACUCCAGCAUCAGCAAGAUAUUGGGAUCCCGUUGGAAAUCGAUGUCAAACGUUGAGAAACAGCCAUACUACGAGGAACAGGCAAGGUUGAGUCGACAACAUCUGGAGAAGUAUCCAGACUACAAGUACAAGCCCCGGCCCAAACGGACCUGCAUCGUGGAUGGGAAGAGGCUGAGAGUUGGGGAAUACAAGGCGUUGAUGAAGUACAGGAGGCAGGAGGUGCAGCAGUGCUACCCUGUUGGGCAACAGGACCAAGUUCACUUGCACCCAUCAGAAGUGAUGUAUCCCGGACAGAUUGGGAUGACUUCCAUUCCUGUACAGCCAGCAGUGUCGGAACACUAUCGAUCCUGCAGUCCUGAUCCCAACAUGCCGGUAAUCCUCAACACACGGAGUCUCAAACUGGAACAGACAGAUAUGAAGGAAAUGCACCUGAAUGAUGCUAACAGUGAAAUAUAUGAGUAUGGUGAAGAGGAUGACUCCGAUGUGGAAUACCGCAGCGAUGGUGAACUGGUGGUCCUCGCGGACUAGCAUCCCCUUGUGACUUUGUCAGCAAAGGUUACAGAAUUGAACCUUUCAAGCACAGAUGGGCCAACAUAUGUCCUGUCGUACCCUGGCCAAUCAUUCAAGCAGAGCUACUGGGGAAGAUCUCACUUUGCAGGUUUUUGGAGCACAUUGGGAGGGUGGGAUUGGGGGUUAGACAACCAUCCUCUACCUCAUCCUAAAUGUGCCUAUUUCAUGGACCAGUUGAUGAGAUUACCUGGGUGCAAGGUAGAGACAGGUGAGCCUGUGCUGGACUGGGCUAACGAAACUAGUGUCAGCACCUAUAGGUGACACUGAAUUUCAGUAACUUCACAUGUACCUGUCCACCAGGGACUACUAUGGUCCUUAUUCAUUACAGGUCAUAGCUCCGUUGUCACCAGUUACAUUUCGGCAGGGUGUGGGUGAAAGAAUACACACUGCCCAAUUGUUUGCGGGUUUUCCAUCAGCACUGACUCUGAUUCCAUUCCUUUAUCGUAGAAUCAUACAGCAUAUAUGGAGGCCAUUCGGUCCAUUAGGCCUAUGCCAGCUCUUCUGCAGAGCUAUCCAAUUAGUCCCACUGUCCCAUUCUUUCCCCACAGCCAGGCAAUUUAUUCCUUGUCAAGUAUGUAUCAAGUUGCCUUUUGAAAAUUACAGUUGAAUUUGUUUCCACCACUCUCUCAUUCAACACAUUCCAGAUCAUCAUAACUCAGUGUUUUUUAAAAAUUCUCCCUUCUGGUUCUCCUGCCAAAUUCUUAUAUCUGUGUCCUCUGUUUCCCAACCCUCCAUCAGUAGAAACACAUCUUCCUUAAUUGUUCCAUCAAAAUCCUGAAAGGCUGAAUCCUUUAAGAAGCUUCUCUUAGCGUGUAUGCUAUCAAACCCAUUGCCAUCUAAUCCUAAUCCUCUUGGUGCAAGAUUAGUGGCAAUUUCUGCAUGGAGGAAUUGCUUGAAAGUCACUGUGAGCCAUAAGGGGAGAGUUCCCAAGUGUAGAUCAUUUUCCUGACUUCUUGGGCAUGGCACAGAAUAAUAAAGCAAUGAGAGAUAGUAGAUCUCCAGAAUAAGGCUUGGGACAUUGUUUCUCAUGCCUUUCUGCCUGUCACAAGCUACACUGGGGAAGAGAUGCUUGUGAAAGGACUGUACUGUGCUGAAGGGUAGGAGUUCAGCAGUGGUUUAGAUGACAUAAAUUGGGGUGGGGGCAGGCGUCAUCUGUUGAGCACCCGACUGCCCCACGUCUCGAGAAAUUUGUCAAAUUCCAUCCUUAUAUCAUGGGAAUUGCACUUAUUGGGGAGAAUUCCACCGUUCACCUUGUUGGCUGUGAGAGAGGGAUCUCAUUGCCUGAAGUGACUGCUAAUGAAACCCAAUUUGGGUAUUGGGAUCUGAAUAUUCAUGGCUUCUUAACUCAGUAGUCACCCAAAGUCAACGUUUCUAAUAUGGGUUGUUGUAAAAUUCAUCUGCUGCUGGCCCUUUUCAUUUGCCCCAACCUAAGUAAGACAACGGAAGACAUAACUCACUUUUUCCUGCUACGUAGACACACGUGCGUAGAUACACACCACCCCCCCCCCACACACACACACACACACACACACCGCUCCCCCCACACACGCACACCCCCCCACACACACACACCGCCCCCCACACACACCCCCCCCCA